AUGUCGGCCAGCGUUGCCCAUGCCCAUCCCCAUGCCCAUCCCCAUCAGAGCAGCUUCACCCCCUCAGACAAGCUCGAAGAUCAAGCUGCCUCUGCGGCGUUGUCUGUCGCUCGAGACACUCCGACCACCAAGAACAGCAGCUCUUCCAUCCUCGACCAGGAAGGUCGGCUAUCUGCUGCCAGUGCUGCACUUUCUCUAAAGUACGCGCGAGCUGAAGACCUUCCCUCAUUUCCUUCAACUGGCGGCGUCAAACUCGCAUCUGCUGGCGCUGCCGCAAGCCUCGCGGAAUCCAACAAGAAACCCAUCCAAGUUUGGACUCCCGGUGCCAUCCCUCACGCAAACACCGCUGCCUAUAGAGCAAAAGACUAUGAGAUGGAGCCUCUGUGGAAGCCGGAGCUGAGCCGGGCGGGCUCCCAGGCGGCACUGGCUGCUCAUCGAGAUGCUGCACCAGUGGAUAUCUGGAGAGCUCCGGAAACAGAGCAGGGUCAUUCGGCAGCGUCCUCGGCCUUGCAGAACCCAAAGUCUCCCCCACCGAUCACAGAGAGAAAUGUUUCGAGUGAUGGGCGACGAAAGGCACUCUUGGCCGCCACAGCAUCCUUGUCCGGAGGCAGACGGCGCGCAGAAUCCGCCCCGACACGACCGGCGCCGACAGCAGCACACUCUGCCUGGGCCAUCAAGGCUGCGACAUCAUCUCAAAAUGUGAGACCUCCCUCAUCACAGAGCCCACCAUCGACGAGCGAACUGUCGAGCGCAGAUGCUGCCCGGGUCCAAUAUAUGGCCAGGAACAACGUCUCUAGACAGAUGUACACGUCCAACCCACCGGUCGCAAUAGAAGUGGAAGAAAGGAGAAGGCAGGAGAUGCUGCGCGCGUCCGCGGUUGCCAUGGCGAGGAAAAUGUUCGCCAUUCAGCAGGCGCAGAUCGACGAGGCAAGGGGAAUCCACCGUUCACAAAGUCACUACGCCGCAUACACCGCACGGCGACGAGCACAGUCAGACGCUGCAAAACAACCAACAACCACUGAUGACCUGCCACGCUAUGAGAAUCUAGAAGAGGCAGCCCGCAAAUUGGCCCAAGAGCGACUCGCCAAGCUACAUGAUGAGCACGCCGAAUACCGACAGUACUACGGACAACAAACUGCGCCACCUAGGUCGCGGCUCACGUUACGGCGGGGCCGGCGGACGUCUGACAGACGAGAGGAUGACUCUGACUCUGACUUGGAAGAGUCACGCAAAAUCCGAGCUCAAAUGUCCUUGUUUCAGGGCAAGCUCGCCGAGGUCGACAGCAAGAAGCGACAAGCUGAUCGAGACGCAUUGCUCGCGGUGGCACACAAGAACGUGACGGCCCGCAUGAAUGCAAUAGACGAAAAGGUCUUUUCCGAAACCGGCAAAACCAGUCCACAACAGCGUGAGCUGUGGGAGCGUCAAGCACGGGAAAGAGCACAACGUGAAAGUGACGAGAGACUGCUUCAUGUCGGAAAAGUUCAUAUAGGAGGUGGCAAGUACCUUGAGCAAUCAGAGAUUGACGCAAUUGCCAAGGCUCGACUGCAACCAACCCUCGACGAGAUUACCGAGAAAGCUGAGCAACAAAGGGCCAGAGACGAGGAACUCAGACUGGAGCAAGAGAGGCUCAAGGCCGAACAGGAAGCCGAAAAGAGACGGCAGGCAGAAAUCAAGGCAGAACAGAAAGCUGUCGUUGAUCGUGAAAAGGCCGAACAAAAGGCACAAAAGGCCGAGGAGAGACGAAUCCAGCAAGAGCAGAAACAUGAGGAGAGGCGGUUACGCACGGAACAAAAGGCCACCGAGAAGAAAGAAAAGAAGCUCACCGAACCUGCCAAAACUCGAUUCCUCCCAAGCUUCCUCGGAAGGGGAGCAGUCGCCGCAGGAGGUGCAGCAGGUGCGGCCACAGCUACGGCUGCAGAAGGCGCCGGCGAUGUUGUCGAAGGAGGAGCAAGAGCUGUCACAGGAACGAGUGCUCUUCCAGCGACCAUGACGGCUGAAGGCGGCGAGCUCGUCGGCGAAACUGUACAUGACCAAGUCACCUUGGACCCCAAUGAAGCUGCUCAUGCGGUGGCUGCUGCAGAUCUGGAGACCGCUGAACCACCGGUGGAAGACUCGAGAAUCACUCAGCCAGCAGACGAAGAGAUCGGACCAAAGGACAAUAUUGGUACAACUCCAUAUUCCAGUAUCACCCCGCCGCAGGAGCCCACGUCCCCGACGUCCCCCGGCUUCUCGACUUCACCGACGUCGCCCUCCAAGAGAGAUUCCCGGGUGAAGACCUGGUUCAGGAGAUUCAGAGCAGGAAGUAAAGCAGAGAAUGAUCUUCCAGAGCAGACGCUGCACGCAGACGAAGAGCCAAAGGAGCACAUUGACACAGUUGGUCAAACAGGUGAGCCAAUCAAGGAAGAAGACCCGGCCGCCACAGAUUCGAUUCGAGAUGUUGCGCUCGCAGGCCGGAGCGACAACGAGACGGACGACAUGUAUGGCGGAUCUGUCAAGCCAUAUGGAAGAAUCUCUCCCAUUCCUGACGAGAGCAUCGGGCUCGGUGCGGCUGUGAACCCCGUGGGUGGGAACGAAAGAGACAUCAGUCCUCCAUCAGACACGUCGUCACUAAGCGAAGAGCCAUACGUGAUUGCUGCUGAUGUGGCUUCCUCCAAGUACUCGACGGAACACGCUGGCUCGAAACGAGACUCGGGGUUCGAUCAACUGGCCACACUGACGGAUGAAGAUGAAGAACCUCGCGGCAGGAAAGGCUUUCGGGAGAGAUUUUUGAAAAAGGUCAUCCCUGGAAGAGACAAGGAGAAGGAGAAGCAAAAGCCUGGAGCCUUUGAGAGCACAACAAUAGGUCAAGCUUCGGCGCCAAAUCCAACCACGGCUACCACAGACUUCUCCAUAGCCGAGCCACAACAACCAUACGGCCGGACUGAACCCGCCGAGACGCACGAAGCAGGCGAAACCCACGCCAACCCGGACGAGCAUAUCCUCUCUGAAACGGAACCCCUGCGAGAAAAAGUGCAAGAGCCCUCGACCACAUCUACUGAAGCAACAGGAAACACCACUGUGACAGGCACCACGACACCUGCACUGACACACGCACAGACCAACGGGGAUGACGACGAGGACUUUGAAGAGGCAAGGGACACUUUCGACGAAGGCCGCCUAGUGAGUGCGUCAAAGGUCGACAGCGGGGCCGCGAGACUCGUGGAUGUUGCAGGUCCGAAAAAGAGCGAGGAGAAGACCCGGGAGGGCAGUAGGUUCACCGAGGAGUUGUGA